UGCAGCUGGGACUGAGAUGGCUGUGGUAGCGACAGCAGCACCAGAGUGGGCUACCAAAGAGCCUUGCCUCAUGGGCAUCGACGAGGCUGGACGAGGCCCUGUGCUUGGUCCCAUGGUGUAUGGCUGCAUGUACUGUGCGCGUUCCUACCAGAACACUCUUGCCACCCUCAGUUUUGCAGAUUCGAAGACCUUGAAGGAGGAACAAAGGGAAGAGCUGUUUGAAAGUCUGAAGACGAAUAGCUCCAUUGGGUGGGAGGUUGAUGUCAUAUGCCCAAAAGUGCUAUCUGCCAAAAUGUUGAAAAGGACAAAAGUUAAUCUGAAUGAAAUAUCUCAUAACUCUGCAAUGGGUCUCGUUAAAAAAGCUCUUGACAUGGGAGUUCUUCUGGCGGAGGUCUAUGUCGACACAGUUGGAGAUCCUGAAAAGUAUAGGGUGAAACUUGCUGAAAAGUUUCCAGGCAUCAAAUUUGUGGUUGCCAAGAAAGCUGAUAGUCUUUACCCUGUUGUUAGCGGAGCAAGUAUAGUUGCAAAGGUCACAAGGGAUAGAGCCGUGCGGAACUGGGCAUUUGAUGAAACAGCUCAGAAUUUGCACAUGAACACUGGAUCAGGUUAUCCAGGAGACCCUAAUACUAUACAAUGGUUAAAAGACCAUAAGCAUCCAGUGUUUGGUUUCCCAACUUUGGUGCGUUUUAGCUGGGGAACUUGCACGCCAUACUUCAAGAAUGGAGUUGAAGUCACGUGGGAGUCUGACGAACUUGAUGAAGACGAAGCCAGCGGUGGAAGCGCCAAGCGGCAGGUAAAAUUGUCGAGUUUAGGCUUCACUGGGUUCAAAAGGAAGUCCGAGGAGAUCGAAUCGAGUGGAAAAGCCCGUUGUAAGUUCUUCCAGGCUCGUAAGCUUGAGCUGGUCAGGAAGUUUCAGUGA